UCACAAGUAGGAGGGUUUUCAAUAUGAUGGGUAAAACUAGCUCAGUGCUCACCCCAGCUCACCUUGUGGGCAAGCCAGUAUCUGACCAAGGACGAAGAAAGAGAGCGGGAAACAAUCUUGCUGCCUCCAAUUCAGACUGUCUUCACAAAAACUGAACACUGCUCAUUGAGACGUUGGCACAAGAUAAAAAUGAAGAGAGAAGUGUUGUUGCUCUUGCUCAUGCUCUGUUCACAUGUCGUGGCCUUGAAGAAGAGGUGUAGUAAUGUAGAGGUACAGUGGCAAUGUGGGAUACAGGGAAUGUCUUCCCAGAUGUGUGUUGAGUCUCUGGAUGGGAGUAUUACACUAAUACAACACCGAGAAACCGUUUGUCAGAGUCAGCUCAGAGUCAACCUAACACUCUACUCUUCUUCAGAGACACUGAGCAGUAACGUGACAUUUUCCAAUGCUAACAUCUCGCAGUUUGUUCUCGAAUCACCCAAUGGGACCCAGAUACAGUGCAGACCUGGAACAGCCUCUCUCACAUUCAAUGGCGAACGUGGAAAUGCAAGUAGUCUGAUGGAUAUCCGUAUUGAAAACAUUGCAUUCAUUUCGUGUGGACCGGGAACUCACAAAACCGUUCCAGCCGCUCUUUUCUUCAACAACCACUGUCAGAUUGCUAUUCAUCGUACACACGUGGACAGAUCCAAUGGCGUUGGUUUGGCAAUUGUUGAUGUGGUCGGGAAGGUAAGUAUCUCCUGGUCGACCUUUUCUCGAAACACGUUCCAGAACGGAUUUGGAGGUGGUGUUCAUCUAACAAUCGAUACACUCUCAGAUAAAACUGAGUUUAUUCACUGCCUAUUUACGGAGAAUCAGGCAUCUCUUCUUCAGCAAAAUAACACCAAAGGUGGAGGGCUUUAUGUACAGUACAGAAACGAAUCUCGAAAUGGCGUGUUGCACAUACAAAACUGCAUGUUUAGCUGCAAUUGUGCUCAUUGGGGAGGUGGACUACUAGCUAUGUUCAAUGAAAGUGCAUACAACAAUACCUUGCUGAUAGACUUCACUACUUUCGAAAGUAACUGCGUCGGUUUAGACUACAAUGACAGUAUGGCAGGGGCCGGAGCUGCAGUUACUAUCUACUCAAACGCAACUUCCAACAGAGCUCAUUUCAGUAACUGCAACUUUACUGGAAAUGUAGCUCCAUGGGGUGGCGGGCUUUUUAUUUUCUCACAGCCUGAUCUUAUUCUUAAAGACGUUGCUCAGAACUCUUUGAAAAUUUCCGGAUGUUUGUUUAAAAACAACUCUGGGCACAUUGGAGCUGCUCUAUACAUAUACUGUAAUUCUCCUGCUAGCAUUCCACAGCAUUGCAAUGCUAAACCAGUGAUAGCCGAGUCGGUAUUCGUUCAAAAUUCUGACCUACCCAAGCCAGUGACAUCAAUAAGUCAGAGUCCUUAUUCAAUUUUUCACAUUGGGCACUUUCCAACUUAUUUAGCGCAGAAGCUCGAGUUUUUGAACAACGUUGGAACUCCACUACAUAUCCACGAGACCAGUGUAACACUAGAGAACGAUACAGUGCUGAACUUUACUGCAAACUACGGAAGGAAUGGUGGAGCUAUCAUGCUGUACGGGUCUUGGAUCGCUGUCUCUAACAAUAACGUGCUGUUCUUCUCGAAAAACAGGGCCGUGACUCGGGGAGGUGCAAUCUAUUCCUUCAUGACUGAAGAAAUUUACUUGCCCUACUCUCGGCACUGUUUCAUCAAGAGCACGUCAUCACCCGAUCCAACACACUGGAACGUUAGCUUUGUGUUCAAUCAGAAACACAGUCGAUGGUAAACCCAAUGCAAUUUAUGCGACUUCAGUGCUUCCCUGUGUCCUGUACGGUGGAUCGUCGCUAGAUGACGAUAUCAGACGAACAUUUUGCUCCUGGAAUAAUUGGCAGUUUGGUGGGGGGAAAUGCAUGGAUGAAAUCUACACUUCUCCAAGGAAUUUUAGCACCACACUUCAGAAUAUGCCAGCAUAUCCAGGUAUUCCAAACAAGAAUCUCAUAUAUGCUGUGGAUGACUAUGGACAUGACACUGAUAUGUUUUACGUCUACCCCAAGGUACUUGAGCCUAAAAAUGCAACAGCCACAAUCACCAACAGAGUUCUGACUGUGUAUGGCAAAGUCGGUACCAACGUUAGUAUUCAGCUGGAAUUGAUUGCAAGUAGAAAGCUGUUAAUGACAAUAAACGUGUCCCUCCAGCACUGUCCACCUGCAUUCUUAUUUGAUCGUUUUACAAACUCUUGCAUCUGUGACAAUACUCAUCAUAUCUACUGCGAGUACGGCUCGGACUCACGAUGGAAAGCUUAUGUUCUUGCAGGAAACUGCAUGACUUACUCCUCAAUCAAGAUUAAUGGUGUCCACGAUAACCGCAUUGUGUUCGGUCAAUGUCCGUUCACUGAA